AUGAAUACCCAUGAGCUGGGGGAGCCGGGAGGCUGCACGCACUGUGCCUUGAAUGCAAAAGCCCAGUGCGUCCCCGCAGCACAAAGAGCUGUGGCUGCGCACGGGACCGGCGCCGUCCGAGGCGGUGAGCGGCAAUGAUCCCACAUUAUGCUCGAGGCUCGCUGGAGCACGACGCCCUGGGAUGUGGGGCUGGGGGCCGGGGUGGGAUGGAUCGGGGCUGGAAGCCGUUCCCUUGGUAACGGCGGGUCCCAGUUUCCACCAAUCGAUGUGGCGGUGCAGGCUGGGGGGGCUCGUGGCCUACAUAAGCGCCCGUCGGGCACCGCGCGCCCCGGCAGAUGCGAAACGAUGGCGAGGCUGACGGGCACCCGGCCCCUAGCUGCCCGCCGCUGGGGCUGCGCUGCCACCGCUUUCCUCCUCCUCCUCCUCACUGUGCAGGCUGCUCAGAAAGCUGACCUUGGCGGCGAUGCCACUGCAGCCACCAUCAACCACUCACUGACGCUGCUGCAGAGGCUGCAGGAGCUGCUGCAGAACGGCAACGGCAGCGACUCGGUGCUGCGGGUGCGCACGGCCGCCUCUGAUGAGGCCAAGGUCUUCCACACCCACCAGCUGCUGCUCAGCCUCCAGAGCGAGGUCUUCGAGGGGCUCCUGCGCAAUCAGAGUGUUGUCACCCUGCAUGAGCCGCCUGAAACUGCCGCGCUCUUUGAGAAGUUCAUCAGGUACCUGUACUGUGGAGGGGUUUCUCUCCUACUGCACCAAGCCAUCCCCCUCCACCAGCUGGCCAGCAAGUACCGGGUGUGGGGGCUGCAGCGUGGCGUGGCCGACUACAUGAGGAGCCACCUGGCCAGCGAGUCGAGCCAGGGCCACGUGGUGGGCUGGUACCACUAUGCUGCACGCAUCGGGGACACGGCGCUGCAGGAGAGCUGCCUGCAGUUCCUGGCCUGGAACCUGUCGUCUGUGCUCGGCAGCGCCGAGUGGGCUUCGGUCAGCGUGGAGCUGCUGCUGCUGCUGCUGGAGCGCUCCGACCUGGUGCUGCACAGCGAGCUGGAGCUCUACACCGCUGUGGAGGCCUGGCUGGCCCGGCAGCAGCCCGAGGACGCUGUGGCUGAGCGGGUGCUGCGUGCCAUCCGUUACCCCAUGAUCGCGCCCAGCCAGCUGUUCCGGCUGCAGACGCAGUCGGCGGUGCUGGUGCGGCACUACAGCGCGGUGCAGGACCUGCUCUUCCAGGCCUUCCAGUUCCACGCCGCAUCCCCUCUGCACUUUGCCAAGUACUUUGACGUCAACUGCAGCAUGUUUCUGCCCCGCAACUACCUCGCACCCAGCUGGGGCUCCCAGUGGGUCAUCAACAACCCGGCACGGGAUGACCGCAGCACCAGCUUCCAGACCCAGCUUGGGCCCAGCAGCCACGACUCCGGCAAGCGGGUGACCUGGAACGUGCUCUUCUCUCCACGCUGGCUGCCCGUCAGCCUGCGCCCCGUCUACUCGGACUCGGUGUCCAGCGCCAUCCAACCGGUGCGCAUCGAGGACGGCCGCCCGCGACUCGUUGUCACCCCGGCCACCAGCAGCCCCGACUUCGCUGGUGUCAGCUUCCAGAAGACGGUGCUGGUGGGUGUGCGGCAGCAGGGCCGCAUCUUUGUCAAGCAUGCCUACAGCUUCCACCAGAGCUCGGAUGAGACGGCUGACUUCCUCGCCCAUGCCGACCUGCAGAAGCGCACCUCUGAGUACCUCAUCGACAACGCCCUGCACCUGCACAUCAUCAUCAAGCCUGUCUACCACUCCCUCAUCAAGGUGAAGAAGUAG